GCACCUGAACGCUACCAAGUUUUGGAACGCCUGUACCAGCAAACGAGGCCGACGCCGCCGCCAACGUCAAGACCGCAAGACAUUCAACAUGGCCCGUGGACCCAAAAAGCACUUGAAGCGUCUUGCCGCGCCAUCCUCAUGGAUGCUCGACAAGCUCAGCGGCACUUAUGCCCCCCGCCCUUCCCCUGGUCCUCACAAACUUCGUGAAUCUCUCCCCCUCACGAUCUUCCUCCGUAACCGCCUCAAGUAUGCCUUGACUGGCCGCGAGGUUACCUCGAUUGUCCAGCAGCGCUUGAUCAAGGUCGACGGCAAGGUCAGGACUGACCCGACCUACCCCGCGGGCUUCAUGGAUGUCAUCACGAUCGAGAAGUCUGGCGAGCACUUCCGUCUCCUUUACGACGUCAAGGGCCGCUUCACCAUUCACCGCAUCACCCCCGAGGAGGCUACCUACAAGCUCCUCAAGGUCCGCAAGGUGGCAAUCGGCAACCGUGGUGUUCCCUACAUCGUCACACACGAUGGCCGCACGAUCCGUUACCCCGACCCCGUGAUCAAGGUCAACGAUACCGUUCGCUUCGACAUUGAUCAGGGCAAGAUUACCGAUUUCGUCAAGUUUGAUACUGGCAACCUCGUCUUUAUUACCGGUGGUCGUAACAGGGGUCGUGCUGGUGUGAUCACCCACCGUGAGAAGCACGUUGGUGGCUUCGACAUCGUCCACGUCAAGGAUUCCCUUGACAGAACAUUUGCUACGCGCAUCUCCAACAUCUUCGUCAUUGGUGAGGGCACGAAGUCUUGGGUAUCCCUGCCGAAGGGCAAGGGCAUCAAGCUCACUAUUGCUGAGGAGCGUGAUGUCAGGAGGAAACAGCGUGCUGCCUAGCAAUAGACGGGUCUGUAUCGUACUGCUGCUAUGUUCACGCUCAUCACCUACCCUCGCAUGCCUAUGCGCUCGUUGUAUGCCAUUAGUACGCCACUGCCCAAAAAUUUGCAUGCAUGCCUGUAGUGCCCGUUUGGUGCGGCGAGAAGCAUCGUCCCGCACUCCUUCUAUGACAUGUUGUACAUUGUAUCUUGUGCUUGGACUGCUGGGAACACUGCGCAGGUUUU